UGCGUUAUAAUUACAUAUUGAUUCGCGUGGAUAAGUGUCACUAAUUAUUGCUAAAGCGUUUAAAAGCCUUUGAAUCGUAAAAAAAUUAUCAUUGCCAUUGAGCUGUACGGUGUAAGAGUUUCAAAGAAACGACUCACGUUUUGAGACUAUACCAGUUCCGCAUUCUUACUUGGAAAAUGGAGCUAAGCAAGCUGGAUCUCACCACAUUCUCCAUGAAACCACUUGUAACGCACUAUGAUCAAGCAUCCUUGAAUGCUCUACCGGAGUUCGAACCAGCCCACGUGUGGUUACCCUGCUUGCAAAACACUCAAAAAGAGGAACCAAAAAUAGAUGCCAAUCUUAUGAAUUCCACAGAGAUCUUGUUUGAAGACAAUAACAUUCUCUUUAAUUCACAACACUCAGCUUCAAAGACGGACAGGAACAUGGAAAAUUUUUUUGAUAUCAUAAAUACGAAUUACGUCGACGCUUGUCAUUCGGUCAUAGAGGAUAAAUUUCAACAGCAUAUCAUUGAAAUGGAACAACUAGACACAGAAGCCAUGCAUCAUUGCUCUAUUUUACCAGAAAUAAGCGAUCCAGUGGUGGCUGGAAUCACUAUGGAAGUUGUGCAUUCCGAUAAACAAAGUCCCCUCAAGAAAGAAAUGGGAAGAAAUCAGUCAAAAAGAAAUCUCGAAAGCACCUCAAGAUCUCAGGAGACGGCGAUCACAAAGUCGCCGAAAACACCACGAAAGACCAGCGAUAACCGACGAAGACGCGACAAGGCGAAUGAACGAGAGAAAAAUCGCAUUGUGGUGCUGAAAAAUGCUAUGACCGUGCUCAAAAACGCGAUCCCAGCAGCACGUGAGAAAACGAAGAUCACGAAAUUGGAGGUGUUAAAACUGGCACGAGAUUACAUCAACUCUCUGAGAGAACAACUUAUGAACGAGGAUCAGGAUUGUGAGGUUCUACCAGCUGGACAGAACCACGACUUUGAUAGAUUAAAUAAGACAAGUUUUUUGACAAACUAGAGAGUCUGUUUGGUUUUGGUUUUAUAUCCUAAUCUGCUGGGAAGUGGCAACUAUACUAGACGUUUUUAUGGUGUCACUGCUAAUAAUAGUGUACCGUUCGCCAAAUGUUCGCCACUAGUUCUGAGGUUUGGAUAAAUCUUUGUUGAAAUUAAGUAAAUCACCAGCAUUGGCAAUAAAAAAAGAUCGCGUUUAUUUGUUUAUUGUAAUGGUGCACACAGCGGGCGUUUAUUAAAGCACGGUGCACAGACAAUGGCUCGUGCAAAGGCCGACUGCUCUGGCGUGAGAGAAUCGUAACUAGUCAUUGUUUCAACUGCAAAGUUUGGGUUAGACCCUGAGGAGAGAGGAUGGAGGCCAACUGUGUUUGUGUUAUCUUGCCACACGUGGAAGAUAUUGAGCAAUACCCGGAUAUAUGAAUAAUGAUUAUACAUUGUAUUGAUAAAAGAAUAGAUGAAGUGAAUAAGCGGAAAUAUGCACUUCACGAGAGCACUGCGUGUUGAUUUAAGAUAUUACCAUUCGGGUUUGUCUUUCAUCACCGGUUUCUCAAUGUCGCUGUUGGCUUAACUGAAUAUACAAAUAAAUAAAUUAAGUCGUUUCUCUUAAAGUGUUGUAAUGACAGUUCUACACAGGCGUUGUGUAAACAAUGCAUACAGUUCUAACGCUUAUACAUACUUUGUGAAUUUGCGGUAUAUAGACUUGU